AUGCAAGCACCUAGUAGUGAACUCAGCAAGGCUCAGCUGUUGGAGGCCCUUUGCCAUUCUCAAACACGAGCAAGGCAGGCAGAGGAAGCAGCAAAGAAAGCCUACAAUGAAAAAGAACAUAUGAUCACCCACUUUCUGAAGCAAGCUUCACAGCUCUUUGCUUACAAGCAGUGGUUCCAUAUAUUGCAAAUGGAAACUAGUCUUAGAAACAGCAAGUGUCAGCCCAUCUAUACACGCUUUCCAGAUUUUGUUCCAUGGAUCCCGAUCAAAGGCAAACAACAGAAAAAGGGUCAGCAUAAGCCAGCAAAGACAGAGCCUAGCUCACCAAGAUACAAAAUUGGCAAGUCUUUUGGGAGCAUUCUUUUGGGUUUGACUCUUGCAGGUGCUG